AUGCCGCCAUCAGCAAAUAGUCUCCUAAGAAGAUCUCGAUACAAUUCAACUCAUGCAUGCGAUUCUUGCAGAAGCUCAAAAAGCAGAUGCAAGAAGGUAGAUUAUAUCGAACAAUCUACUAAAUGCAGUAGGUGCACAGAACGUAACUUUGAAUGCACUUACUUCUUUCAACAACAGAAACGGGGCCCUAAACCUUCGAAACCUCUUACAUCUCCCCCUACAUCUCCAACUUCACAUAAUGCACCUCUCCCUAAACCUCCACCUUCCAAUAACACGCCUCCCCCUACACGUCCACCUUCCAAUAACAUACCUUUUCCUUACAAUGAUGAUGUGUUUGUUAAUAGUGACGAUUUGUAUGAUUUACUUCAUGAUUUAUAUUCGGAAGGAAUAAAACCUGAUGUCAAUGCUCGUGAUUUACAUCAGGAGCCAUGUCCAUAUAAGAAUACUUUAGGGCAUUAUUGUCACAUGGG